GUGAAGACUGCGUCCAGACCGCCUCAUUCCUGCCUGAUCCGCUCUCGUGCUGCGCAUGCGUGUGCCAUUGGUGUAGCAGCGCGCCGCCCGCUCAACAGCCGCACACGCUCGAUAGUCUGCCGCUCUUUUCUCUCUACCAUCCCUAUCGACUCAAUCAGUCUCCGCCGCUUACGCAGCAUCGUCUGGAACGCCAGCAUAUAGCCCGCCUCGAUGGCUCACAAGGCGACUCCUUACCUCGCGCCCUGUCUGCUACGCCACCGUCCAGGAGCCCCUCAACAUGCCCCCUUUUCGCACUCAUGACGUCGGUCGAGACCGCGAGAGGCUUUCGCCCAAUCGCCAUGGUCUAUUGCAUAUCCCGUACCUGAGCCCAGUCUUUUCCUUCACCCGGCGCCAUGCCUCCGGCUAUGAUGACCGUGUGGACUACUAUCCUUGGCCUGCGGCUCCGGACCCAUCAUACCACUUUUCCCAUCGAAGCUCACUUCACGCCGCUUGGUACCACCCUUACCGCGAAACUUGGGACCAGCCUCGUUGCAGCGUCCCUCAUGAUCACACCCGACAGUACGCAGCACACCGGAAAUCAGCGAGCGACAUCGACCAAAUCACGAACUACCGUGAUCGCUUUGAAGGGGACACGAUAGAGCGUCAGCGGGUCACAGACCUCCGCUCUCGCCUUGGUCCUCUGCCUCUGCCUCAGCCUCAGCCUACCACCGUCCACACAGCGCCUCUUCGCUACGCCGGUCCGGUCACCUCCAGCCAUAGCAGCCUCGAUCCAUUGCCGACUGCGCUUCCUCCCGCAGCGGCCUCCAGCCGCCGUCGUAGGCCUAAUCGAACGUCCGAAGAGCGACGCGAGCAGCAACGUCGCUCUACGGAGAGAAAGCUCCUCGAUCUCGAAGAAGAGUAUGAGGCGGUCCGAGCAGAGCUCCUCACCAGGCGUAGCCGCCUCACCACCUCAGCAUGCGACACGGGUUUCACCAACCUACCUCGCCAGUCCCAUCCUCUACCGCCAAAGCCCCAACGACGCCGCGACUAGGUCUGCCCUCCUUUUCCCCCUCCUUCUGAAGCCCCGAGUAGCUCUCACUCCUCCGCAUGCGGGGCCGUUGAAUGGUACGGCCCAAUCCGCCUCUCCUCUGUCCUUUGUUCCUCUAACUCUCUCUCAUUCAUGCUCAAUUUGUUGCCAGCUCCCUUUUCAGCUUGGCCAGCCUCUGUGCGAGACAUCGUGAAACAGAGUGCUCG